ACAUCAUCCUGUCCUCAGUCUGUCUUCCUCUCACCGAGCAUCCUCUUCAUCAUCACCAUCGCCAUCAUCAUCGCCAUCUUCGUAAGGCCGUCACGCGCCGCUUUUCCUCGUGCGUUUGCGCCACCACUCACCCUCAUCAUCCUCAUAGUCUCCAUCAUGUCUGCCGCCAAGCAAGAGGACCGCAAAGGCGCGAGCGACUGGCGGGAAUUCUUCUGGAACCCGCGAACUCACGAAGUGUUGGGUCGAACCGCGUCCAGCUGGGGUCUGAUCCUCCUCUUCUACCUGGUUUUCUACCUGUUCCUGGCUGGGAUGUUUGCUCUCACCAUGUACAUCAUGCUGCUGACGCUGGAUGACUUCAAACCCACCUGGCAAGACCGCCUGGCAACCCCAGGGAUGAUGAUUCGUCCGAAAGGCGAUCAACUGGAGCUCACAUUCUCAAUGUCGGAUGAGCAAAGCUGGAGAGGCUUUGUGCAAAAUCUGGAUGGGUUUCUGUCCCCGUACAAUGACACCCAGCAGGUUCAGAUGAACGACGACUGCCCUCCAAAUCAAUACUUCAUCCAAGAGGACAGUGGAGAGGUGAGGAAUAAUCCAAAGCGUUCCUGUCAGUUUAAUAGGACAAUGUUGAAGGAGUGUUCUGGGGAUUCUGAUCGUUUCUAUGGUUACAGCCAAGGUCAGCCCUGUGUGCUCAUCAAACUUAACCGGGUGAUUGGAAUGCUCCCCGGAAAGGACGGACAGUCUCCUUUUGUCACCUGUGGAGCCAAAUUGUAUAAAGUGGGAAAAGAUGAGUUGAGGGAGGACAGUGAUAAAAUGGGACCUUUGGCUUAUUUUCCUCCAAAUGGAACCUUCAACCUCAUGUACUAUCCUUAUUACGGCAAGAAAGCUCAGGUGAACUACACUCAGCCGCUGGUAGCUGUCAAGUUCCUGAACGCCACUCUCAACACUGACAUAGACAUUGAGUGUAAAAUCAACUCCAACACUCUCGCCACUGGCAGCGAAAGGGACAAGUUUGCUGGCCGGGUGUCCUUCAAACUACGAAUCAACGACAAGUAGAGACACAAUUUGACCGCACCGCACUCAUGACUUUGAUCACCUCGACUCUGUUCAUCUCUGCAAACACGUCUUUAUCGCCAUUCGUCAUUUAUUAUUGUGCUUGUUGAAAUUUGUACAAUUUUUUUUUGGCAUAAACAUGCGGACCGAUCACUAUCCCUCACAGUUAAAUGUCACCCACCCAGCAGCCACCACAAUCGCACACUUUAUUUAUUGAUUAGUGUAUUUAUUUAUUUAUGUAUUUAUUGAUUUGAUGUAUCACACCGAGUCAAGCGCUGUAGAGUGCACAGUCGUCUUAUACAUAUCCUGGAAGCUCAGCUGACUGUUGCAUCUACAAAGCGACGGUCUUGUGUUCUCUCUAAGAAAACUGGAUACGCACAGUGGAGCCUCGGUUUUCAUACGUGUAGGAUUCGGUUUUUGACAAAAAAUAUUGCUUAAAAAAUGUCUUGAGUUUUGUACCUUGACUGCUUUUGUAUGGCCAAAAGAGUGCGGCAAACAAACAAGUCCGUGGAAUUGAGUGCCAAAAUAAAGCAUCCACGAUGA